UUACACAAGUUCAGAUAAUCACCAACAGUUUUCCGAUGAUUAUUCUCUGAGAGGUGUGGAUCAGCGAUCAUGGGGUCUAGGCAGAGUGACGAAAGGGGCAGUUCAUCGUCUUCUAGGCAGAAUAAUACAGCUUCACCACCUAGCACAAGCAGGCGAGAGGAGGCUACCGAAAGGGAGCUCGAUUACACUGAAUUGCUGGCGUAUUUGAUGCGAAGUGGCCAGAUUCGAUUGGUGUCGUCCAACCCUGACUGGGCUCUUGGAGUUGAGGACAGUGACGAUGAUACCACCAUUGAGUGCUGUCCUGAGGCUGAUCUCAACCCAGACACAGAAGCCAUAGAUGCGAGUGCAUUGAAGCAGCAGAUGCUAUUCAGGGCCGGUAUGAAUCACAAUUGUACCAUACCCAAAGAGAGACCUGUCACUGAUAUGCUUCAAAAGAGAGCUGUCGGCAGUUGUCUGAGGGGUAACUUUUCCAGAGGAGACCUUGCAAUGGUUUCUGCAAGCUAUCUACCAAACUCAAUGAGGUCUAUCGCACAGUACAACACCAAGGCCUUCUGCGGGAACUACUCCAAAGACGGCUCUGUGUUUCUAUCGGCGUGUCAGGAUCAGGUUCUGAGGGUGUAUGACACGACAAAGGGAAAGUUUGAGAAAUUUAAAGAGAUCCGAGCCAGAGAUGUCGGCUGGAGUAUCCUAGACACAGCUUUUAGUCCUGACGGUAACUACCUCAUCUAUUCUAGCUGGUCAGAAUGCAUUCACUUGUGCAAUGUUCAUGGAGAGUUUCAGACCCACAACUCGAUGGAUCUGGAGCCAACAGAUCGACACUUCUGCCCUUUCUCCAUUCAGUUUUCCAGUAACAACAAAGAGAUUCUAGCAGGGGCCAAUGACGGCUUCCUGUAUAUCUACGACAGAGAACUAAACAAGAGAACAACACGGAUAGACGCCCAUGAAGACGACAUCAAUUCAGUGAAGUUUGCGGACGAUUCCUCACAGAUCCUCUUCUCGGGUGGUGACGAUGGUAUGUGUAAAGUAUGGGACCGUAGAAUGCUGAGUGAUACAGCAUGUGAUCCUGUGGGAGUAAUGGCCGGCCAUACGGACGGAAUCACAUGCGUAGAUUCAAAGGGAGAUGGACGUCAUCUCAUCACCAACUCCAAGGAUCAGAGCGUCAAACUCUGGGACCUCAGAGUCUUCUCCCCUAGCUCAGCUAUCUCCAGCUGUAGAAAGGCUGUAGCUGGACAGACAUGGGAUUAUCGCUGGCAACAGUUACCUAGGAGAUCAAAGAGGACAAAUAACGUGAAGGGCGAUACGUCAUUAAUGACCUACAGAGGUCACGGAGUGCUUUAUACGUGUAUCAGGUGUCACUUCUCACCUGCUUUUACUACUGAUCAGAAAUAUAUCUACUGUGGAUGUGCAACUGGAGGAAUAAUUAUUUAUGAUGUCCUGACGGGAAAGAUCGUGAGGAAACUGGACGGACACAGAGAGUGUGUUCGAGACGUCUCUUGGCAUCCCUUUGAAAACAACAUCAUCAGUUCAUCGUGGGAUGGAAGCCACGGCAUGUGGGAGUACAACCGUGAUGUUAAUGGAGAAUGGGAAGAUGAUGAUUCAGACGAUGAUUCGGACGACUCGGGAAACGACGAUGAUAUCUUCCAUAGAUUAAGGAGACCCAGGAGACAACCACAGAGGCUCUAGAGAAGUAGCUCCAACAUUUUCUGUUGAUUUUGGGGGUUGAACAAAGAAUCGACUAGAGUGGGAUUUGAACAAACGACCUCUGGAUUAUUGU